ACUCUUUGCCGUUGCCACUUCUUGUUUUUUUUUUCACUUGGCUUUAGGCUUUAGCACUAUAACUAUAGUUAUCUUUGCUCAUCUCAUUUGUAGGAUCUCUGGCUGGCUGGUCUGACUCUGGUUGGAUUUUUGUUUUUCUAACGUUUGAGGAAGGAAAAAGCAGAAAAAAAUAAUCACAAAAUAGAGUAGGUACCUACCUAAGGUGUUUGCAUGAAGUGUAACAUACGCCUUUGGUAGAAGAUGGAGUCCAAAGAUGAAAUAAUCACAUUCUAUGGUAGAUGUAGAUGUUGCCUUGAAUACGGCUACAUGAAAAGCAUAUGGAAGGAGCACAUUUGGGAAGAUGAAAAAGAAAUAUAUGGUGAAAUGCUUAUGGAGACUUUUAAUAUAGCCUGGGAAUCUAAUGACGUUGUUGAGUAUAUCUGUGACACAUGUGUGACAAGGCUUCGAGAUGCCUUUCAUUUCAAGAAAGAAAUUAUUUCCGCUGAUCUAUUACUGGAGGAGGGGUUUGAAGAAGGCAUGGAAUUGGUAAAUUUAGAAAAAAUAGCUUCAAAGACCGAAGAAGAUAAUGAGAACCUAGAAGAGUUUAUAUCUCCUGACAUUGAGGUUAAAACAGAGUAUGGUGAGAUUGAGUAUUUGGAAGAAGAUGCAGAUAUUGUGGAACAAUCAGUUUAUAAAAUAGUUACUGAUGCCACUAAGAGUGCAUCUGAUAAUAAAUGGCCCAACAAAAAAAAGAAAUGUGAACGUUCCAGCUACCGCAAUUAUACUCAGGCAGAUUUGAAAAGGUGUGUUGAAAUGAUUCAGAAAGAAGGAAUUUCCCAGUUACAAGCAGCAAAAAUUUUCAAUAUACCAACCAAAACAGUCAAUGCUAAAAUGUGUAGUUUAAGAUCUGAAUCUCCAAUUGAUGAAACACGGCAGGAAAAGCGAGAAAGAACCGAAAAACAAAUCAAGUUUGUCGAAGAAAUCCAGGCAAUUCUGGAAAUGACCAAUAGUAUGCCUUUUAAAGUCAAAUCUACUAAGCUUUAUUGUGCCUAUUGCUAUAUGAAAGGGGACUAUUAUGAGGACACUGAGGAUUUGAGAACUCAUACAUUUGAGAAGCACCAAAAUGAGAGAAUUGAUGCUAUUGAGUCCAUUCUUAGGCCUUUCUGGCAGAAUGAAGUUCUAAGAAUUGACAUUCAAAAUUUAUCCUGCACUGUAUGUGAAGAAAUAAUACGAGGAUGGAACGAAAUGUUCCAACAUUUGUUUGAUAAACAUAAUGUGCAGUUUGAUCAAGCUUAUACAAGAUUGAUACCAUAUAAACUAAGUCAGGACUUACAUUGUGCUUUGUGUGAUGAACGUCAUACAAAUAUCCACUAUUUGGACUCUCACAUGAAUGCACAUUAUAAUAAUCACGUGUGUCCAGAAUGUGGGGAUACCUUUGUUUCUUUAGCUCGAAUCAAAAAGCAUUUGGUUAUACAUGAUACUGGAUCAUACCCUUGUCAAUAUUGUGGAAAAAGUUUCAGUUUAAAAAAAUAUAGAGAUAAACAUGUAGCAAUGAUUCAUGAAAAUGCGAAAACAUAUAAGUGCUUUUAUUGUACUGAGCGCUUUGUCACAGAAUAUGGAAAACACAGUCAUACGAAGAUGCACCACAAGGAUAAAAUCAAAAUUAUCACUUGUGAAAUUUGUGGGAAAAGUUUUGAUUGGAGACCUUAUUAUUUAUCACAUUUGAAAAAAUUACAUUUUAAAGUAAGGAGAUAUCAAUGCACAUAUUGUAUGAAAUGGUUCACUGCGAAGCAUGAUUACAAAUUACAUGUUCAAAGGCACACUGGGAGUGGUCAGCAUUACUGUGAAUUUUGUAAUAAGAAUUUUGUCACAGGUCAAGAAUUGAGAAGCCACCAGAAAGUUCAUAAAAAGGAUGUCAAAAAUGCCCCAAAAUGUGUACAGGUUUCUAAUUAAGUGAUAUGUUUAAUACAUAUUUAUUGCUAUUGU